UCAACCACCGCAUGGAGAAAUGUUGAUGAUCACACAGUGGGUGGAGGCAGGGUGCAGCUGGUCUGCAAAGAAACUUUAAGAGUUAACAAGGAUGUGAUGUGCUGCAGGGAGGAUUCAUAAGAAGCCAUAAUUCAGGGCAGUCUAAGGUGAAUAGCAGUUUUUUUCUUUAUAUAAGGAUGUCCCCCCUCCCUCCCCUUCUUCCUGGUUUCCUUUUGGGGAGGAGCCCUUCAGGGAACAGGGCAGAGAAAGCACCUGGGUGUGUUACAUGAGUGUGGGGAAGUCCCUGUCUCAUUGCUGUUUCCUACAGACUGUCACACUGAAGAUUUCAGAGAGGACACCGAGUGAGGUUAAAGGGAAGAGGAGGGAAAGAAGGGGGGUCAGUUACCUAGAGAGAAGAGACUUAAAGGGAAUAAACCAAAACAAAUAGGGUGACCCUGGGCCAGUGCAGACAGAGGACAUAUACAGAAGAGGACCCUUAUUUUAUGAAGACUAGAAGAAGGAGAGCUUAGAAGGUGUAAGAUGUUCUUGAUGAUACCAGUGUAUUGAGGAAGAAUGGGGAGCAGGAGAGGGAAACCACCAAAAGAGAUGCAGAUGGACAGUCAAGAGGGCAGAAUAGCAAAGUGAUAGGAGAGCGAUUGCAACAGGCAAGCUGGACGAAAACAAUGAAAGGACAAGGUGAAAAUUGCCCCAAAUAAAUAUAAAAAGGGGAGGGAGAAGAGAUAAGAGAAGGUGGAGAACAGGAGAGGAGAACAAUUCAGAGACAGUACAUUGUGUCAUACCUUUACCUUAGGGACAAGUAAGUGGCAGCUCUUUAUGGAGUGAUAUUCCAUGGACAACCAUCCAAGCCGUUCUACAGGAGACAUGGAGACCUCACCAUCACCUCUGGACCUCAGCAUCAGGAAGUCCAUAGACCUGUUGGAUGACAUCCCCAAGAGUCCACCAGGUUUUCGGCCAAGAGGACCAUUAAGGGGCUUGGAGCCACUGAAAGAGGUGAAGCUUGAGAAUACCAAGCAACCAAGUGUUUGCAAGAAUGGGUCCCGUGAGGCACCUGGAUUUUACAAAGACCAAACCUGUUUACCCCUGAGAAAGAGAAAAUUCCUUCCAUCACCCAAAGAGGAGACUACUGCUGUGAAAUGUGCCAAUGACUAUUCAGAGUGGGACAGAAAUUUCUGCAGCCCCCACUAUAUGACACUUACACUAUCCCCUUUUUCAGCAUACUACUCAGGAAAUACUGCCUGCAUGCCUCCCACAAUACCCUUGUACCCGACUACUGGCCCUGCAGUUUUGGAAUCACACCUGCUGAGCCUCAUGGCACCAUGUCACACAACCUUCGUUCCUACAGAAACAGACCUUCAGGCUGACCUCAUUGCUGCUACUCAACAAGAUGAAGAUGGAGACACGGCACUGCACAUUGCUAUUGCUCAUGGAAAUCUAUCAAUAGCCCAGAAGGUGAUCUCUCUACUAAACCACGGGAGAAGAGAUGUAGAUGUACUCAAUAAACUUAGACAGACUCCACUUCACCUUGCAGUAAUCACCGAUCAACCAGAACUUGUGGCUCUUCUCCUGCAACACAGAGCCUCCCCUCUAAUCCCUGACCGCAAUGGACAGACCUGCAUUCACUUGGCAUGUGAAUAUGGAAGCAUCAGGAGUCUCCAGGUUCUGAUGAGGGCCGGAAUACAAGACCUGGAAGCAACCAACUACCAUGGUAUGACCGCAUUGCAUGUGGCCAUCAGGUCAGGACGUAGGGAUAUCACUUUAUGUUUACUGGAGUAUGGUGCUGACGUGAAUGCCAUGGACUUAAAGAGUGGUCAGAGUCCUUUGAUCCAGGCUGUGGAAAGUGGUUCUGAGGAGCUGGUGUCACUUCUGCUUCAGAAAGGCGCAGAAAUCAAUGGAUCAACCUAUGCAGGAAACACAGCAUUGCAUGCAGCAAGUGGACGAGGGCUUCAUGAGAUUACGCGUUUACUACUGAGAAGUGGGGCGGAUGGUAGCAUAAAGAACUGUCACAAUGACACCGCCAUGACAGUAGCCAAAGACAGAAAGAUUGUAGAUAUCCUGCGGGGCAAAUCAUCUUCUCCGCGUAGCCAAAAUGAAAGACUUAGAGGACCAAUUAAAGGACGAUCGUGUAGUCCAGCAUCACAAGGAGUAGCAUCUAGUAACAUAUCUGUAAGCCCACCUCCAUAAAGGGAAUUGGAUCAUACUUCUUACCUCAAAACGUGUAUCAUGGCCUCUAAAUACUGUAUGUCUUCCAUGUAGAGAAACCAUCAUUGCUGACCAUUAGGAUCUGCAUUGUUCCCUGAAUCACCAUAAUGAAAGCAUUCAACUACCAAACCCUUGAACCGUCAAACUUCCAAACCUUCUACUCCUGGACCUGGAACCCAAACCCAACUAAUCUUACACUAGGUCUACAAAGUGGAUCAUCUGGCAGUUCUUCCAUAUGACUGGAUGCAUUGUGAGGACAGUAUAGUGUCACACAGCCCAGAGAUCUCCAGGAGGAGGCUUCUGGAAAGUCUGGAGCUGAAAUGAUCCUUCAUCAAAGAUUCAUGUCUGGAUAUUAAAUAUUGAAUGUCACUUGAAUUGGUGCCCAUUCACCCCUACUUACCUGCCCCAAAGCAGCGGUGUAGUCUGCCUCUUUACUAAGCAUGCUGAUAGAGGACGGUUAAGCAAUACCACCUGCUCAAAAUGUAUACUUUUUAGAAGGACACCUCUAUCCUUCCACAAUUUUUAUGACCAGCCACACUGUUGUGGGGAGUCUCUAAGCCUGAUGCCUCUGGAGAUCCUAGGGAAGCAAGCGGUAGGUCUAGAGGUAAAAUUAUUCCUCACUGAAGCAUGAAGAUACAUAUUGGAGGUGGCAUGUGUUUGUGCCCAUUUCUGUCUGCUUACCUGUUUUUGGAGCAAUGGUGUACCCUAUCUCUGUGGUUAGUGGGCUACUAGAAAGCAGCAGGUAAUGCUAUUCUCUAACCAUAUACAUUCCAGAAGAACAAGAUCAAGGAAUAUGAAAAUAAUACUUUGAGGGUCUUAUCAAUGAGAGGUGAAUGUUAGUGGGUGCGAUUUUUAUAUACAUAUAUUACUAUAAUAGACCUUUCAUAACCAGAGCAUUAUAUAGUUCAGUAAUACAGAUCUAGAGAUGUGACUACUACUUCAAACCAACUUGAAGUUAAAGGGAUUGUCUUGUAUAAGAAAAUGACUAUAAUGGCCGUCUUGGGACAGAGAAAGCCAAGUAGUUACCAUAGAAAAUGCAUUUGCAGAGUGCUUUCUUAGCAUGGACAUUGAGGAAAUAUAUUUGUCAUGUGCAACCCAUGUCUUUGAUGAGGUGAUCCCUUUGAGCCGUUCUUCUACAACUCAUAAUCCUCCGUUUCACAGAAACUACCAUGACUGUACAUCAAUAAGGAAAUGUUUGCGACAUACAUCCCGCCUUACACUCCCUUUAUGUUUGACUUAUGUGUUUUGCUGCAGGGUGGGUGAAAUGUGAUAUGGGUUAUGGUGUUGGCUUUAAA